AUGAAGAUCUCUUUUCUUUUGUCACUCGCUGCUACAGGCACAGAUAGCCAAGCUCCAAACUCGCGGAUGGUUCUGACGAAGCUCUCCGAUGUGGCUGCCGCUUGGGCCGAUUUCUACAUCAAGGACGUGCUCAGCAGAGACAACCGCGCGGAAAAUUUCAAGCAACGGAUCAAAAACAAAACGGAUCGGAUCGCCGAAAGCUACGAAAAAUGUCGAAGGAAUGUGGCUAGAACGCCGAAUUUGCUCGCCGCAACUAUCAAUACAUUUAUUUCAAAACAGAAAAGAAAGCCCUUGCUUGAGCUCUUUCUUUUUCUCGAAGGCUGCGAAGCCACGUGUAAACCACAGUACAACAGAAAAAGAAAGCGGAGAAGUCCUGGAGUGCGAGAACUUGGUGGUGGAAACCUGUUUAACCCCGACGGAAGCAAACUCCAGGAUCCAAUUCCUCUGGAUCCGACUAGAAGCUCGAAGCAAAUCUUCAACAACUUGAGAAACUGGAUUUGGGAACACAUGGACGGAUGUCGCCAGCAAGGAAGAUUCUGGCACAAACUUGGACAAUUGGAACAAAAAUGGCUUGGUGUUUACGCAGAUGUCUUGGAAAAAGUCGAUGCAAGAAGAUCAGGAUAA